AUGCGGAGGACAGCGUCUCGUCUCUGGGUCGUCACCGUGGCUCUGGUGUCGGUGUCUGUCAUCGGGUUUCCCACCAAAAGUCUGGAGAGCAUCCCAGCCAAGCAGAGGGACACGUCGUCGGCGGUGCAGGUGAUAUCUGAGCGAGGUCGAGGUGAUGUCCAUCAGAGUCUGGAGGAGGUGCAGCAGCAGAACCAGCUCCAGACCCUUCCCUCCGACCCGGCGUCCCUCAGGUCUCGGCACCGCUGGUCCCAACGCCGUUCCCAGGGUAUUCUCCCCCAACCGGAACCGGAGGAGGAUCCCAGGCCUUUCAUCCUCGACCUGAGGAACAUCCCGGACCUGGCUAACGCGGACAUGGGCUCCCAGAACCCCAACAUCCAGGUGACCAUCGAGGUGGUAGACGACCCACAGACAGAAACGGAGAUGGAAAUGGACUUGGCCAAGGAGGGUCAGCGCAACGACUGGUCGGUGUCCUCCUCAGACUGGGCCAACGGCCACAAGAAGCUGUUUUGGCCUCUGUUCUGGGAAUAUCCCGAGCUGCCGGAGAACGGGCUGGGCUGGGCCAGUCUGGAGGAGCCGGCCGAGGACUACAGCUUUGAACCAGAAGAGCCCGUCCUCAGCGGGGUGGGAGGUGACUGGGACGGGCGCUGGAACAAAGGGUGGGAUGCCAAGGAUAACUACGAAUUCGAGGAAGAGUGGAGCAACUGGUCACCAUGCAGCGUCACCUGCGGCCACGGCACCCAGAAGCGCCUUCGUUCAUGCGGCUACGCGUGCACGGCCACCGAGUCGCGCACGUGCGACCUGGACAAUUGCGCCGACGACACGAACGCAGUGACUGAGCUCACACCCAUCCAGACAACCAACAGCACCGACUCUCUGGACACAAACGUGGACAGCUGUGAGAAGUGGCUGAGCUGCAAGAACGACUUCCUUCAAAAGUACCUCCACCAAGUGUUGACGGAGCUCCCCAGUUGCCCCUGCGCCUACCCUUCGGAGGCGGUCUACAGCGCCAUCAACAUCCUGGAUGCCAAACUCCGCAAGACAUACCGCUGGAGGGAUGCCAGCGGCCCAAAAGAGCGCCUUGACAUCUACAAGCCCUCGGCCCGAUUCUGCAUUCGCUCCAUGCUGUCGUAUGACAGCACCACUUUGGCGGCACAGCACUGUUGCUAUGACGACCAAAUGAGACUGAUAACGCGGGGCAAAGCAGCGGGAGCGCCCAAUUUGAUAAGCACAGAGUUCUCCCCGGAGCUCCAUUACAAGGUGGACGUUUUGCCAUGGAUACUGUGCAAAGGUGACUGGAGUCGGUUUCACUCGGUGCGGCCGCCCAAUAACGGACUGGGUUGCUCCGAUAACCCAGCUGAGGAAAUAUAUCAGGUGCAACUUAGGGAGGCGAAGGAGUAUUGA